GUUGCUGCGUUUGUCAUCUUAGCUUGCAAGGUGACGUUAUAACGGCUGGUUUUCUAGCAUGCUAACAGUAAACUGGUACAAGACGCUGCAAAUAAAAUGUCACUGGUACGUUGUAAUAAAUAUGACUAGUUAGUGCAAUAACGCCCCUGACAGUGUCUAGUUCUUUUAAAUGUUUAGCUUUAGCUGGUUAGCGUUGAACCUUGUGGAUAUCACACUGCUCGCACGUUUACAGUUUUUCUCAGUCGCUUUGGUACAUUUCUCAGAUCAGAAUUUAAAUUUUCAAAACUACUUGUUCAAUCUUCACAUCAUUGUGUCACUUGUGCACAUCAGAAAAGCAGUUUCUCAUUUCUUUGAACAAGUUGCAAAUGCUUUGGUACAUCCAUGCAAAUGAUUCUGUACAAUUCUCUGCUGUUUACUACAUUAUUAAAUGCUUAUGUCAUGUUGAUCUAAAUGUAUUCUAAUAAUCUCUGUUGAAUAGUGUCAUCCUCCACAACAUUUAGGCAUCAAUUCAUCACAUUCUUUACAUGCAAAAUGGUUGAACAAGUUGUCAGAAUAUGUCAAGGAUAUUUCUAUACAUUUCCAUUAGACUUCUUUUCUAAAUCUGUCCUGAAUUGGUAAAUUGCUCCCAGGUGAAUCUUGACUUGAGGGUUAGGGUUUUCUGAAAUCACUCAAAGACACAAGAGAAGAUAUCUGUGAUGAGGAUGAGAAUUUGUGUCCAACAGACAGGAACAUCAGGAGGUGUAGGAAGACUGCACUGGAAUUCCUACAGCACUGCAUGUACAGUUUUCCCUAAAGAGAUUGUCUGAUGUUCCCAUUUCUACUUUUGUUUUUUUGUUUUUUUCUGUGCUAUGCAGUGCUGUUUUCCUUUCUGUAUCACAAUGAUGUGGUCUGUCAACAAAUUACAAUACAAACAGUAAAAGCGUAAAUGUGAAUCUUGUCCAGUCUCUUGCAAUCAAUCUCCCACAUACACAAAAGUGUAACUUAGAAUUUACAAUAAUUGUCACCAAAAUUUUAGCCAUAGUUUACAUCAGAACAUCCCUCCAGAGAACACUAAUGACAACAUGACUAAACAAUUUGACUGUCUUAUCCACACAAUGACACAAGGACUUGUCAUUCUGAUCCACUUACAUGUUCAUUGACACAAAUAUUUACUUUUGACAGAUGAACUAAGGAUUUUGAGCAAGAGACUGGCUUUUGCAGCUUUCUCGUCAUCAUGGUGGAGCCUACAGCAUCUGGAGUUUUCUGCAACAGGAUGCUGAGCAUGGUCAACUCUGAGGAUGUGAACGCCAUCAUCCAGGCUCAGAGACACAUGCUCGACCGCUUUGAGAAAACCAAUGAAAUGCUGAUCAACUUUAAUGGACUGUCUAAUGUGCGACUGCAGCAGAUGAACGAGCGCUUUCUACUCCACACUCGCACUCUUGUGGAGAUGAAGAAAGAUCUGGACAGCGUGUUCAGAAGGAUCCGGACACUAAAAGGGAAGAUCGCUAAGCAGUACCCAGAAGCUUUCAGCAAUAUCCACGAGUCACCCAUCCUGGAGGAUGACGAUGAUGAGUUUGACCCUGUUCCCCCAAGUGUUGCAACAACAACUACAACAGCCACUUCUGAGCAGAGCACAGAAUCCUGUGACACAAGUCCAGAUGUGAUCUCACCAACUGUGAGCAGAUGCUCUGAAGAUCUCUCUCAAGAGCCGCCCGACACGCCGACCUCCGACGUCCUAGAGACAGCCGUCCUACGGGAUGAGGGACCCGAUUCUGUGCCUGCAGAAUAGAGAGGACAAUUUCUAAAUGGAUUUCUGUCACUUGGAACUGAGCUUCAGGCCUAAAGUGAGGUCAUGUUGUAUAUUUUAGUGUUUGUUGGCCUCUGUAAUGUUUGCAGACUGUUUUUCAUCAUUAAUCUGUUUGUUGGAGCUCAGAACGUUGAUGUUAGAGGUGGUUCUGAACUGUGUAUGAGGACACUGGAUUUUUGUUGGCAUGCUUACGAGUCCUACGCCUGUACAGCACUAAAUCAAUACAGAAAAUACUUGAAGUUGUGUAGAAUUUCACGAUAGAUAUAUGUAUCUGUUGUGCUGACAGAACCUGAGCAAAAGCCUUCACCAAUGAUGUCAUUUUAAGCAUAUUUAUUUUUGGUUUUGUUUGAUUAGAUGCUCACCUGAAGACUGAGGAAAAGAGUUUCUCACAAUGUCUGUACAAAUAAAAGACACAAACAUU